AUGCACAAGAUCUCCAACUUUACGGGCCAGGCCCGUCAUGGUUGGGAACGAAUGACGCCGACCUUUGGGAUGUCCAGACCACACACCGACAUGACCUUUCGCCGGCCACACGGUGCGCCUCCCAUGACGCCGCCGACGAGCAUCGAUCCGACCGUCAAUCUGUCCUUCAACGUCCCCUUCUCCUCCACGUUGGCUGGUCCCGACGUCGAGGAUGUCCUCCACGCCAGUCCCAACGCUUUGCAGCGCUGGACUUUCCCCGAAGCCACCCCCGAGGGCACUCCGGUUCACCAGCUGCCUGUACACACCAGCAAUGUCGAAGGUCUACGGAGGCUAUGCCGGCAGAUUACGGAAAGCAGCGGUGGUCGUAUCGAGGCUACCCUCACGUCCUCAGAGCCCAAGGCGGUGCCUUCGCUACAACGGCGGCCAAAUGGCUUUGUGACCAACGUCUGUGUGACCGGUGACGGGGAGACAGUACGGAAGAUGCGGGCCAAGAUUUUGAACGAGACUCCGAUUAUGUUGCGAUGCGCGACCGUCGACGUGGAUAUGCACUUGAUCAUGGAUGGAUCUCCGAAGGGUAUUCGAGCGAGCGUGCUCGAGCACAUGGACACCUUGGCCGCCUACACCGGGACCGACAUUUUCUUGCUGACACCCAAGCUCCACGACGCCGACAGUGCGGUGGUCUCUUCCUAUGGCUAUGCAUCUGAUAACGGGCUUGAGCAGCGCUUCCGAGUCGCCAUCUACGGUGACAUGGAGAGCUCGGAGCACGCAAAGACGCGGGUUCUGAUCAUGAUCGAUCAAAUUGUGGGUCACUUCUGUGUGCGGGAUAAUUUCGACGGGAACCGGGCUAACGCAGAACCUCAGCUGAAACGCCAUGUGGACGCCAUCAAGCUGGAGCUGACCAUGCAUACCCUGGUCUGUGGACGGACUCGCAAAAACAUCAAGCUGAUCGAAGCUGCCACCGGCACCGCUAUCUACUUCCCUCCUCCAUUCCCCCGAAUCUUUGGCUAUACCCCUCCCGGCGCGAACCGUCGCAGCGAAGACGAAGUCUACAUCACUGGAGAUACGCCGGAGCAGAUUGCUCGCGCGAAGCAAAAGUUGCGAGAGCUGGUCUUGGGGGUGAAAAUCUAUGUCAAGGAUGUCGUGGUCAACUCGAGCAAGAUCGACAACAUCUUGCUCGAUCGCUUGGAUAAGGUCCGCAAGGUGAUGGAAAUGAACGGUUCCUACGUUCUUUUCCCGCAGUUGGGCAGCCAGCGCGGCCUGGUCCGGAUUCAGGGUACUGAGGUCUUGCAUGUCGAGCGAACCGUCAGAGAAAUCAUGGCUCUGGCCGGUCAAUUCUAUAGCGCCUCUUGGUGGAUCCUCAUGCCCGAUCCUGCGCAAGGCGGCAUUCGCGCCCCUUCGACGACCGACAUUCGUUCUAUGCUCUCGGAUAUCUGCACCAACUCCGAGGCGGAGGUCAGCUUUGAUAAUCUGACGUUCACCAUCAACGGAUCCGAUGAUGCGGUCAAGGCUGCUAUGACUGUCGUGAACCAGAUUCCUUUCGUCACUCGCAGCCAAUACCAGAUGCGAGUUAAGAUAGAGCUUGCCAACGAGCACAAGGAGUUUGUCAGUGGCAAGAAGAACGGCAAGAUCAACAAGAUCAUGGGUCAGAGCAAUGUUCAAAUUAUCUUUGACGGCUUCAACGAGUAUAACUUCUAUAUCGACGUGUGCGGCAAUCAGUACGACUCUACCAAGAAUGGAUUGGAUCUUGUUGAGCAGGAGAUGCCCGCCUCCAUCUCAUUCCAUGUUCCGGACCAAUACCACAAGCGAAUCAUCGGCAUUGGCGGACAGCACAUCCAGCGGAUCAUGAAAAAGUACUCGGUGUUUGUGAAGUUCUCCAAUGCCAUGGACCGCGGCGGGAUGGGCAAGGAAGAUGACGACAUCAAGGUUGACAAUGUGAUCUGUCGGACUCCCGCCCGCAAUGCCCAGAGCCUGGACCUUGUGAAGCAGGAGAUCAUGGACAUGGUCGAAAAAGUCGACGCCGAGUAUGUCUCGGAGCGGGUUGUCAUCAACCGCUUGUACCAUCGUGAGCUGUUGGCUCGCAUAACCGAGAUCGACGAGUUGGAGAAGAAGUGGAACUGCAAGAUUGAGUUCCCCAGCACUGAGCUUGCCAGUGAUGUCGUAACCAUCUCCGGGCCGGAGUACCAGGUGCCCCAGGCUGUUGAUGCUCUUCUCGGUAUGGUUCCGGAAAGCCACGAGCUGCACUUCCAGAGCUCUGCAGAGCUUCAGGAGUACUUCAAGUCCCCCGACUUCAUCGCGGACGUUCGAACCAAGCUCAAGGAGCAGUAUGAGGUUGACAUCAAUGUCGACACGGCUGCUGAGCUCCCCACCAAGGAGGAGGGCUCAUCCUCCCCCGAGCCCGCUCCCGAAGAUCGUGUUGUGCUUGGCUACACUCGUAACAAUGCGGGUGGUCUGAAAGAUGCCAUUGACUUCCUGAUCUCCCGCCUCGUCGCUCAUGGUCUCGACGCGAACACCGUCAAGGGUGCUAUUCCCCGCCCCAAGUCGGACUCGUUCGAGGAAUCACUUCCCUUCUUCGACUCGAAGCUGUUGCAGCACGCUCCGGCCCCUCUUGUGACGGACUCUCCUACCCGUCCCAGUUUCGCCGAUGAGACUAGCGAGCGCGGCUCGAUCUUUGAGCGUCUGCGCAAGCCGGGUAGCAUUUCGUCCUUCUCCUCGUUCAUUGGACGCAAGAACCACUCGGCCUCGCCCGGUUCCUUCUUCAAGCACGCCUCCAGCAACGCCUCCAAGGCCUCGCUCGUCUCGAUGGAGUCGCGAGAUAGUGGCUACCGCAAUCCCUGGAAUGACUCCGGGGUGAACCUGCCCGAGGACGAUCUGCCCGUCCUCGGCAGCUCGCAUAGCCACAAGAGCAGCAGCAGCAACAAUGGCUGGCCCACGCGCUUCGACACCAAGUUUCCUUUCGGUACGGCGCCCGGGGACAUGACACCCAAGCAUGACCCGCGCGCCUCUUUUGACAGCGGUCGCCCUAGCACUUCGAAUUCUACUUCUGGAUACCCGGCCCCGAUUGGGCCACCGCGUUAA